ACAUGUUGCUUGUACACUGCACGGCGCAGAGAGUGAGAGAGAGAGCGAGCCAGCAUCAAGUCAGGCGCUCAGAGGGAUACAGAGCCACGCCCGGGGACCGACAGUAACGCUGCAUUUUGUGUACAUGUGACUUCAACCUGAAAGCCCUUACCUCGGAUUCCUUGGACCACUUUGUCACUGUGGCGUAAAAGUGCCGAUUUGAAAGUUUUGAGUCAACAAUAAUUCUACUCUGAAUUGAAUAAUUUCAAAACUUUGUCGGGUGAUUUUAGAAAGGAAGACAUCAACUGACGCGUUUGUUAUACUGAAGGAUUCACGUUACCGGUGAGAAUGUGAAAAGUAUUGUUCUUUAUUCAAUAUAGCGAUCCAAAUAACAGAAAGGAUAUAGUUUGGGUUAGGCAUUUGUUCUUUGGAAUAGAUCUUGGCUCUUUGUCAGAUUCUUCUGAGGCAAUAAUUUUCGAGAAGGUUGUGAGAUUCGCACUACGAGAAUGACAUUGACUAGUUCCUAUGAUCAGAGGUCACGUGAUUGAUAUGUGAUGAUGGAGAUUAAGUGCGUGUAUUUGACAUUCGAACCCCUUCAGUGAUACAGUUGAUCUAACGAAUAGUGAACUUGUAUUGUGCUCAUUGAACCGUGACAGGAAUACUACUUCAAUGAGAGACGCCUGGGAAUAAUUAGUCUCUGCUUGUCAAUUCUGCUUAAUCCUUUAAUUAUCACCUAUUAGCAUUCCUCCUCUCCAUCAACUGUACAAAGUUCGUUUCCAAGAUGGCGACAAAGAACCAGCGGAAGUUGAAACUUCUGCAGGAUCGUAUGCAAGCGGGUUUGACAGAGGACGAGAGAGAUUUCUUACAGGCUGCGGAACUCGGGGACAUCGAUGCUAUCAAGACUCUUAUACAGACAGAAGCUGUAUCUGUAAACUGUGUCGAUCCACAGGGACGUACUGCUUUAGAAGCAGCCGUAGCAGCUAACGAUGAAGACAUCGUCCAUUAUCUUCUGGCUAAGGUGAAGGACAAGACGGUGCACAAGGCUCUGUUGUGUGCGUGUGACAAUGACAGGGACAAGAUCAGUGAGAUCAUUCUUCAGCAUCCUCUGUAUCAGGAGAGAAAUGCUUCUGCCACCCACGAACAGAUCUGGAAGCUUGGAAGUAAGUCCACGUCAGGUCACCCGAAUGUUGACACCCUUCUCAGAGAGGCGCUGCUCAGGGCGGCCAAGAGGAAUAAUUUCCUGAUUGUAAAACAGCUGAUGUUGAUGGGAGCUCAUUUAGACCCCCCUCACGACUAUUUCUGUAACUGUAAUGAGUGCACAACUCAGAGGAGUGAGGACUUCAAGGUGUACACCAACCACCGGUUGGACACAUAUAGCGCCAUGGCUAGCCCUGCUUAUAUCUCUCUGACGGAAGAGGACCCCAUAAUGUCUGCCUUUAAGCUCAGCCAGGCCUUCAAGCGUAUGGCUGAAAUAGAGUCAGAGUUCAAGGUGAUCUACAACGAACUUGCAGCUCAAGUCGAAACUUUCACCUUGGCCUUGCUAGAUCAAUGCCAAAGUUCAGACGAGGUCAAGGCCGUUCUGAGUGGCAAGCCGGAUCUACCCGAGGAGGAUGCUGAUGAUGAAGAAGACAACGACAUCCUCCCUAUGCUCAGUACUGCUAUACGGAUGGAGCAGAAACGGUUUGUCGCCCACCCUCAGUGUCAGGCUCAGAUAGCAGAGCUGUGGUACAGUGGGGUACCAUUUCUACGAUACCUCAACCGGUUUACCUACCUGAUGCUGGCCAUUCCAGUGGGCAUCGUGCUAGUCCCCAUCCUGUCCAUCAUCUACCUCAUCGCACCAUGGAGCAAGGUGACCGUCAUCUUGGACACGCCCUUGAUGAGGUUUCUCAGCUACACCUGUUCAUACCUGUCCUUCUUGGUGUUUGUCAUGGUAACCAAGUUGAAGCUGACCGAGGCAUUCGACAGUUUUGCCUGUGACGAACAGCAUCCCUAUGUCUUUGCCAUUAUUACCAUACUCCUUAUGUGGAUAUUUGGUUUAAUAUGGGAGGAAUGCAAACAGAUCUGGUCCGCAGGCGCAAAGGACUACUUCCGGUCUCUCUGGAAUGUUGUCGACUCGCUGAUGUUGAGCAUGCUGCUUGCAUCCUUUGUGCUGGAGAUCGUCACACCAAUCAGAUUGCGCCAGGUGAUAAACGGCGACCGCGAAAACGGUUCGUCAGCCACGCCUCUCUGCACUCUCAUCGCCGACGGGGACAUGUCAUUGGUUGAAUUCUGUACCAUUGGCAGAAAGGACAAUGUAUCAGUGAUAUGGGAACCGGAGUGGAUACCAGACCCGGAGUUACUGUCGGACAUACUGUUCACAUUCGGUACCAUCCUCAGCAUUGGUCGGUUCUCCUUCAUCAUGCCGGCCAAUGAGGCCCUUGGUACCAUGCUGGUGUCCUUCCAUCGCACAAUUAACGACCUGCUCAAAUUGUGUGGAAUGUUCAUCUUGGUUCUCAUAGCAUUUGCCUCGGGGUUGUCAGCUCUCUACGCCCCUAGCAAGUGCAGAAAUAGAAGCUUUGGGUCGUUUGAGGCAACGAUUUCAACGCUGACAUGGAGUAUGUUCGGUAUGGGAGAUUCCUCGGCUCCAGCUACUGACGGACAAGGGCCUCUCGCCUCUCUCACCAAUAACCCCCACAGGGACGCUGGGGUGACGACUAUAGGCUACUACCUGUACGCCAUCUAUGUAUUUGCCGCCAUGAUCGUACUGCUCAACCUCUUGAUUGCUGUCAUGUCCAACACGUUUGAAGAAGUCCAGGGUGUGAGCGAUGUGGAGUGGAAGUUUGCCCGGACCGAGCUGUGGUUGACUUUUAUUGAACCCGGAAGUCCCGUCCCGCCGCCAUUUAACGUCAUUCCAAGCCCCAAAAGCAUUGUAAACUGCUUCCGGUACUGCUUCUCCUCGUGUUCCUGCGAAAAGAAACCGGAACCGGAACCUAAGAUAUUUAAAUAUGCUGCUGUACAGGACUACCACUCAUUUGACGAGACAAGUGACCUUGAGUUAUCCAAUAUCGACAAAACUGAUACAAAAAGCGAAUGUUCGGUCACCUCUAUGGAGAAACAUAACAGACAGGACCUGUACUGUGUCCUGAUCAGGCGCUACACAAGAGAAGUUGAAAGACAGAGAAGUGAAGGGGACGACGCACCACACGAUGCGUCUGAGGACAUGCUGCGGAAGCUGAUCGAGCGGGUGACCUCCAAGAUUGAGAAGAAGAUAGAGGAGCUCUACUCUCGUAUCAUGAAUGUUGAAAGCAACGUCAACAACGUCCAGGAAGGCGAGAGCGACAUCGUCAAGCUCCAGCAGGAACACACAGGCCUCAUCAAGGACGAGGGUAAAAGGAGGGAUGUGGAGGGGGAGAGGUUCCUCCAUAUGCUGGACCAAGCCAAACUGGAACUUCUGUCCAGGAUGGAGGCGGAAAGAAUCGAAGUUAUCCGAAUCUGGGAGGAACAGCUACGGGAAGUGCUGCGAAGACUCGACGACAGCAGAAGACGGGUGGCUGAUCGGGUUGCUGAUCUGGAGGCACUGCACGCUGCGGAUGAAGCUGCAAGACGAGCGGCAGGUCUUCCGAGACCCCGUAGAACUGGACCCGAUGAGUAGAUGGUGUUGCUAUGGGUUAGAGGAUAUAUAUCGGAGCCAUAGACUACUGUUAUAAAUUGAUGAUGACGAAACUGACUAGUUGUGUUUUGGGACUGGAUGAAAUUUUCUUCCGAUUAGGAGAUAUCUGAUCAUUUAUUGUCGUAGUAUUCUUUGAGGCAGUACAGGUACUGUUUGGUUCUCUGCAUGGGUAGAAAUGAUUUUAUUUAAACUAUAGGUUCUGUAGUAGAUCAUAGGAGUUGAGCUUACAUUUCAAAGAUGCAGUGGAAAUCUGUAACUGUCCAUCUUAAAGUCUUUUUUCAGACAUUCAAAUGUAUACUGCCGGGCAAAAGAACGUAUACACUUGACUUGAUUCGACCAAAACAUUACAAACGUUAUUAAAACAUAAAUAGGCUGAGAACAGUUCCUUAAACACUACAAACGCAUUCAUUUAUAUUAGGGGGCACGGGUGGCCCAGUCGUCUAAGGCGCCGCGAUUCGCUGUGCAGAGUUGCGUCCCUUGGGCACGCCAGAAGCCUAUGAUUGUGGGUUCGAAUCCCGGUUCGCCCCAAUUAUGU